AUGUUGCAUUCCGUUGGACGGCUGGGAUUCAUGCAUGACAUUCAUGCCGGUGCUAUUGUUGUUGUUGUUGCUGUUGUUGUUGCUGCUGCUAUUGCUGUUUACGGCGUUCGGGCUGGCAGCGGUGUUGGUAUUGGCGAAGAUGGAAUUGCUGUUAUUAUUAUUAUUAUUAUUGCUGCUGCUGCUGUUAUUGUUGGUGUUGUUGCUGCUGCUGUGGUUGUUGCUCGCACUGUUGCCGGUGUUGUUACUGCUGCUAAUGCCGUUAGUGAUCGCAGAGAUGGAAGGGUUGGAGACCGAGUUCUUUGA